CAGCGGUGCAGCGAAAACGAACAGACCUUUCAUUGCAUUUUUGCACUGAACUGAACUAUUCUGUAUUAGUCUGUCCCAGUGCGGUUCAGUUCAGUUCGGUGCAGUUCUAGUGCAGUUUUAGUGUAGCGAAAAAAAACAGACCUACUGGCGGUACUAGUUUCAUCUUGCUAAGUAUACAUUUUGACCAAAUAAUUCAUUACUUUUGCCGAGGGAUAUUUUAUAUUGUUGACGAGUUCACCGAAUAUAAUGAUUGAUUAUGGAACAAAGGAUUUCAAAAGAAUCUUAAGUCACAAAAGCGGAUAAAAGAGAGCGCGAUUUUGGGCUCAACAAACGGCAAGUUUCCGUCAAGGGCAGAUAACCUAACUUUGCUGUACCCGACUAGGCCCAGGAGGGAAAGAGGAAACGUGGUGCCCGGAUCGUCGCUAAGAUGGCCAACUCGUUAGCGAACGUGACCGUGUCGACCAUCUUGAAGAACAAGAGUUCUUUCGAGGAUGAGCCGCGGAAGAAGAGCCGGGAGGAUUGGCGCAAGGCGAAGGAACUCGAGGAGGCCAGGAAGGCUGGCGACUUUAGCUUCGCUUCCCUGGAAGGCCGACUGAUGAAUGCGUCUCUCCGGGGAUCCGUCCCGCACGCUGGAGGUCUCCCUGAUGAAGGUCUUCCACGAUUUUCGCACACCCUGUACAGUACAUCGGAGCGCGAGCGCGGCAUGAUAGCGCACCAGUCUACUAUGCUAGAGAGGUCCCGGGUUCGAUCCCCGGCAGAACCAGAAAAAUAUUUCAUACACUCGUAGCUCCUCCUUCGGUGGCCUUGGUAAGCUAUCAAAGAGUAGUAACUACAUUCCAGAAAAACUUCUCUCCAACUGUCGUUCGGAACCGGCGUUAAACUGUAGGUCCUCCAUAUGCAUGUGUACAAUCUGGAUGCGUACCACAUGCAUAUAUGUAAAAGAGAGAAGGCUAGGCCAAGUCUCAGACAUGAGAUGUUAGUGCCAUGAAAGAAGAAGUACAGCACAUCGUGAUUUAUUUCAGCUAGAUCCUUUCGGAUCGUACGUGAAAUUGGAGGUCUGCAAAAAAUCUUACAAUGCAUUGCGAUCUUUAAAAGAAUUAUAGGAAUAGGAGGGGGCUUAAGAUUUGUAAAUAAA